GGAAAAAUUCAGGAGGAAAGCCAUCUGGUCCCGGUACUUUCCAUGACCUCGUGUCUUUCAGAGCUUUUAAAAUCUCUUCUGCAUCUGUAACUCUAAUCAACAUUAUUGUCUUCGGCUGUAAUUUUUGGAGGAAUGGACUCUAAUCAUAGUGUCUUCGUUUCUUUGAGGAUUUGAGGUGGUGUGAAGUUCACAGUAGUGUUUAAUAACAAGAUUUUUUAACUCAAGUCUGGUGGAGCACCAAUUUGCAUCGCUAUCUUUCAAAGCAGCAAUAUUGUUUGUUGACCUGCUUCUAUUUGCUGUUUUGCACCACUUUAUGAAAAUAAAAUAACAUAUACACACGAGUACUAGGGAAAAAUUUAAAAAGAUCAAAUAGAAUGAGGACCUUAUGUUAUCACCAUUGGUCAUCUCUCACACUUGCAGAAAGAACGCCCAAACCGCCAUUACCACCAAAAUCAAAUAUCAGACAGCAGCCACAUAAACUCUUAUUUCAUGCCCUAACUGGAACUCUUUCCUUCAAUCUUAUCUUUCUUUCUCCUUCUCCUUCCAUUGCUCAACUUAUUUCACCUCCUCCUCCUCCUGUUGAAUACUGUAAAGAAGAAGAUGUUCUUGAACAAGAAAAACCACAAACAGUUCCAGGGUUAGUAACAAAUCAAGGAAUUGUUGAAGAAGCUUGGGAAAUCGUUAAUGAAAGUUUCCUUGAUUAUAGUGAUCGUCCUCGUUUUUCUCCAGAUAAUUGGCUGAAAAAGAAGGAGGAUGCUAUUGGUAGCUCCAUUCAGACAAGAUCUAAAGCUCAUGACAUUAUUCAAAGGAUGUUGGGUAGUCUUGGCGACCCCUACACUAGGUUUCUUUCUCCAUCAGAGGUCAUUUAUACUGCUGGACGAGAUCCCCAGUACCAAAAAAGUAUUGUUGCAGAAUCUGCACCUGCCUUUACAGCACCGCUCAUUGUACUGGUGAAUAACAAGACUGCAAGUGCUAGUGAGAUCGUUGCAACUGCACUUCGUGAUAAUUGCAGAGCUAUUCUUGUUGGUGAAAGGACUUAUGGCAAAGGUCUAAUUCAAUCCGUCUUUGAGCUUCAUGAUGGAUCUGGUAUAGUUGUCACUGUUGGAAAGUAUGUCACACCAAACCAUAUGGACAUCGGUGGAAAUGGAGUAGAGCCUGACUUCAAAAGUGUCCCAGCUUGGAGUGAAGUUAAGAGAUUCCUUUCCCAGUGCCAAAGAAAUGGAUAAACACAGGUCUGUUAUCUGUUAACUUGUCUUUGACUUAUGACCAUUGUCCCAGACUCACCAAGAAAUUUCUGAAGAUCAAGGCAAAAUAUACUUGAUUGGAGAUGAGCGUUUUUUUGGCCGUUCUGUUGCGGACUCCCACUCCAGAUGGAUGAUUAUAAUAGCUCAUAUCUGGUUUAGGAGCAAAAGAGUCACUGGCUAUGUUGUGAAAGCAUCAGUAAUUGCGCUGAGGUGCUGAGUUCUCUGAGAUUAGCGUGUAGAUAAAUUUAGAAAGGCGAGACACAUUUUUCUGGGUAAGUUUGAGGUUGAGCAAUUUCUUUUGCUGCGUUGUAAUUCUGUGACGGAGAAUGUGAAACAGAAAAGCUCCAUUAGUGAAGUGAACCACUACUCAGUGUUUAAUAUAAAUCUAUAAUUUCUUUCCAUACUAA